AUGAAAAACCAAAACUUAUCUCCAAUGGAAGAUAGUAAACUUCACAGACAAAAACGAUUACUCUUUAAUAAAUGUGCCAAUGAUUAUUCAGCAACUGCUCCUUAUCAAAUUCCUGUCGGACAGUCACCAGUUGUUUAUGUACCAAAUGUAACAUUGCACUCACCAUAUUCCACAUGUAGUUGGGAUCCCUAUAGUUAUCCGUCGAAUCCUGAACAAGUUUGUCCAACUGGCUCACAAAUUGUUCUAACAACAUUUGUCCCUUUGAUUCUCGAUCCAAUAUUGACAGCCAACGCAAAGUUAGCUCAAACAAGUAUUCAAUAUGACGUUGAUGAUUCAUCAACUAUUACACAACUGCAAUCACUGAUAACACUUCAUUCUACACUUAAUUAUUUCACUUGUUACAGUGAUCAAGAGAUUAACACUAUCAAACAAGUGUUAGCGAAUUAUCAAUGGUCGAGUUUUGAAAUUACAAUAAAAAAUGUUUCAUGUGGCACUGAUACUGUUCAAACAUAUAUUGUAGCUGACGUUGAUCAAACAUCAUCAAACAAAAUGUGGAAUUUCGUGCAUGGUUUAGAAUCUGCUAUUCAAACAGCUGGUGUCACAAUAAAACAACCAAGAAUAGAAAAAUUUCAUAUGACCUUGGCUAAUGUGAAAUAUCAAUAUCCAGCUGAUUGUAUGGUUAAAAAACUAAAUCAGAAGUUUUUACUAUCGAAUCAAUUUGGAUCAGUAAAGGCUUGUUGCUUUGGAGUAUUAGGAUCAAAUGGUGAUAUUGGAAUACAUUUUGCACAAGAUUGUUCAGAAGCAGAAAAAUUAACGUGUGCUCGUUAA